UAGAAAGCGAUGGGGAAACACACAGUUUACUGGGUCGUCCCAGCUUUACAGUGAGUCGGUUUGGCGACAGGAAGCUAACGACUGCAUCGUGGAACAUCUCCGGCUGUACCUAAGGAGGCGGUGCCAUCGAAACUAAUUAUCCCCGUUGACUUUAUUUUAGCGCCGAACAUUUGCAGUUUGUAUUUCAGAUUUUAAAAACUAUGUUCGCCAUAUCCAGUAGAUGGAUUGUUCGGCUGGCUCCACGUUCACUGGUGUGCAAUACUGGAAUCCGAAUAAUGUCCAGCCAAAGUCCAUUCAUUCGUGACAAAGCCUAUAUUGGUGGUAAGUGGGUAGCAGCUACAAAUGGUGGAACAUUUGAAGUAAAGAAUCCGGCUACCGGUGAACAUCUUGGAGUGGUACCUGAUAUGACAGAGUCUGAUGCAGUUUUUGCAAUCAAGACAGCAAAUGAAGCAUUUCAAAGUUGGAAAUCUACACUUGCUAGGGAGAGAACACUACUACUUAGACGAUUGGAUCAACUGAUGCAUGAACACAAAGACAGCUUGGCUAAACUAAUAUCAUUGGAAAUGGGUAAACCAAUAAAAGAGGCAAAGGGGGAAAUUAUGUAUGCUGCAAGCAUGUUGGAAUGGUUUGCAGAAGAAUCUAGACGUAUCUAUGGUGAUGUGAUAGCGGCACCGACAAAGAGUAAACGUCUCGUAGUGAUAAAACAACCACUUGGUGUGGCAAGUCUUAUAACACCGUGGAAUUUUCCCUGUGCAAUGAUUACAAGAAAAGCUGCUGCUGCUUUAGCUGCUGGUUGUACAGUUGUCGUCAAACCAUCUGAAGAUACUCCCUAUUCUGCAUUGGCUUUGGCACAGCUAACUGAAGAAGCAGGCUUUCCUGCGGGUGUAUUCAAUGUCAUCACAAGUUCACGAAGCAAUGCUGCAGCUCUUGGUCAUGUGAUGUGUACUCACCCAAUGUCUGCAAGUAUAUCAUUCACAGGGUCUACUGAAGUGGGCAAGAUUUUAAUGCGUGAAGCAGCUGAAGGCAUUAAAAGAGUGGCACUUGAGUUAGGUGGACAUGCUCCAUUCAUAGUAUUUGAGUCAGCUGAUAUAGAUGCAGCCGUAGUGGGUGCCAUGAUGGCUAAAUUCAGGAACUGUGGACAGGCGUGUGUUGGUGCAAAUAGAUUUCUUAUUCACUCAAGCAUAUAUGAUAAGUUCUGUAGUAAACUGGCUGAUGCUAUGAAAAGUCAGUUAGUAAUAGGGGAUAGUAUGGAUGAAUCAGUUACGAUUGGUCCUCUCAUCAAUGAACGUGCUGUUGAGAAGGUUGAAAAACAUAUCAAAGAUGCAGUGGAUAAUGGUGCAUCUAUUGUAGUCGGUGGUGAUCGUAAUAGUCGUGGCAAUAACUAUAUCAAUCCAACAUUACUGAGAGAUGUCAAACCCAGUAUGCUUAUGUGUCAAGAGGAAACAUUUGGACCAGUAGCACCACUUAUUAAAUUUGACACAGAGGAGGAAGCGGUUUCUAUUGCUAAUGACACUCGGUCUGGACUAGCUGGUUACUUCUACACAACUAAUUUACUUCAAGCUUGGCGUGUGGCUGAGGCGUUGGAGUGUGGUCUAGUUGGUAUCAAUGAAGGUCUUGUCUCAACUGUGGAAUCACCAUUUCAAGGAUUCAAAGAAUCCGGAAUUGGCUCAGAGGCUUCCAAAUAUGGAAUUGAAGAGUACUUAGAGAAGAAAACUAUUUGCUUUGGUGGGCUAUAACAAAAAGAAUCAGCCUGUUUGAAAAAUUCUGGUCAUAACAAAAUGUCAUAUGUUGAAAUAAAUGGGAAUCUUACAAUUGUGACUGUGAUAUACACAUUGACGGAUUAAAGCAUACUAUUGUAUAUAAUAUAUUCAUUAUAAAUAAACUGAUGUAUGGCGAUUUAUAAUUGUUAUGUAAUUUUAAAAAAAUCUGCAUUAAUGUACAAUUUUUUGUCUUGGGUAGUACAGAGAUCUCAACAGAGAUUUGGAAAUGGAGAUCAGAAUAUUAUGCAUUGUGCUCAUAAAACUGAAUAUAUAUUUUAAAUCUAUUAUUAUGAAAUAUAGUAAUUCAUUGUAAAAAUAUAA